CCUCCUGCCUAAGGAUCUCCUGCAGAGAGCUGCAACAAUGCCCAAAAGAAAGGCUGCAGGUGAUGCAAGUCAGGAGCCAAAGAGAUCAGCCACUGCUAUGCCUGUGCCCUUUACACCAGAGGUGAAACCUAAGAGAACAUCAACUCCAAGGAAACUGAAGACCACAAAUGUUGUAGUGGAAGAAAACAAAGAUGUGGGUGCCAUAACAAUUCCUGAAACCAACGAAGAUGUUAAAGAAGAGGGCAAUGUGGAAAAUGUUGAAAAUGGAGAAGCCAAGAUUAUUGAGGCACCCAUUCCUAAAAUGGAAACUGAGGAAAUAAAGGAACAGAGGAAUGAAGAUGCCAAAGACGGAGGAGAAAAGAAAGAAGCUGUGGCCGCAGAAGGAAAAGAUGAACCGGAAGAAAAUGUCCAAAAUAUAGAGAAAGAUGAAGAUGGGAAAGUGGAUAAAGAUAAAGGUGAGGAGGUAAAAGAUGGAAAUAGGGAAGAAAUCCUAGAAGAGAAGACAGAUUCAGCAGAAAGUGAGAAUGUAAAAGAGUACAAAGAUGAUGAAGAGAAAGAGGGUGAUGGAAAAGAAGAUGACAAAGUGCAAGGAGAUGGGAAGAAGGAAGAAGAGAAAGAUGACAAGGAAGAGAAAGCUGAAGUGGAAGAAGAAGUAAAAGAACAGAAAGAGGAAAAAGAAGACGAAGCUGGAAAAUGCGAAGAAGAGGAAAAUGAGGAAGAUGGAAAGGAAGGCCAGAGUGAGGAAGAUGGAAAGGAGAAAGAUGUUGGAAAAGAUGAAGAUAGAAAGGAGGAAGAAGGAAAAGAAAAAAGAGGUUGCAGGGGAAGGAAAUGA